AUGCCUGAUCAAAAGGACUAUCUUGAUAGGAUAGAUAAUAAGAUCACCUUCUUCUUUUUAAUUAUAAAAACAUCAAGAAAAAUAUUAUUCAUAAUAAUAACCAUUAUUAGAACCAUUAUUGUUAUUAGAUCAAGAAAUUGAUUAAAUAUAUGAAUAGGAAUAGAAAUUAAUCUUAUAUCAUUUAUUCCAUUAACAUUUAAAUCAAAAAAUAAUUUUCUUUCCCAAAGAAGAAUAAUAUAUUUCUUAAUCCAAAGAAUGGCAUCUACCAUUUUCAUUAUUAUUAUUUUAAUAUAUAAAUAUAUAUUUAUUAAUAUGAAUAAUACCUCUAUCAUAAAAAUUAUUAUCAUAAUUACUAUAAUAAUGAAAAUAGGAAUACCCCCAUUUCAUAUAUGAUUUCCAGAAAUAAUAUCAAAAAUUAGAUGAAAUAUAUGUGUUAUAUUAAUAACAUGACAAAAAAUUGCUCCAAUAUAUAUUUUAUCAUUGAUUAUAGAAAAUAGUAAAUUAAUAAUAAUAAUAAUUAUAUUAUCUACCAUCAUAGGUGCAAUUUUAGGGUUAAAUCAUACCUCAAUCCGAAAAAUCAUAGCUUAUUCAUCUAUUAAUCAUGUAGGUUGAAUGAUGGCAGCUGCUAUAAUCAAUAAAAAAUUAUGAAUAAUAUAUAUAGUAUUAUAUUCACUAAUAAUCAUUCCAAUAUGCAUAAAUUUAAGUAAAUAUAAUAUUAUAUAUAUCAACCAAUUUAAUAUCAAAUCCCUAAGAAUAACAGAAAAAUUAUCAUUUAUAAUUAUAAUAAUAAGAAUAGGAGGGCUACCUCCUUUUCUUGGAUUCAUACCAAAAUGAAUAACUAUCGAAUAUAUAAUUAUUUCAAAUGAAAUAAUAAUAUUAACAGUAAUAGUAUUGUCAUCAUUAGUUACACUUUCAUAUUAUAUACGAAUAAUUAGAUCUAUCAAUAUAAUAAUAAGAAAUUCACAAAAAUGAGUUAUUUUAAAUAAAACAAACAAAAUAUCAACGACUAAUAUAUUAUAUAUUAAUAUAAUACUACCCUUAUUUAUCUUACUAAUAAAUUUUAUAUAA